CCUGACGUCAGUUUGCAGAACUAGCUCUGCCCUGUCUCCUGUCUCAGCGGCUGUGAAACUCCACUCAGUGAGAACCGGAGGAAUAGAUGGGCUCGGCUCUACAGCUUUUACGCACCCGGACCCCACGGAGUGAAUGAAAUGAUUUCCUCUUCUACACAUUCAAAGUGGACUAAAACAGCUUCACGAUGAACACCUGCGCCUUUCUGUUGAUUUUGACUGUUCAGAUCUACGCCGAUGGCAUUGAGGGGCCAACAGCGGCGGGUUGUACGUUUGAAGAGGACUCAGACCCCAAUCUGUGUGACUUCACCCAGGGGGAGGAGGACGACUUUGACUGGCUGCUGUUUCGGACGUACAGUUCACCUUAUGCCAGCUCUGACCUCCUGCGGGGAUCUUACAUGUUGGUGAACUCCUCCCAGCAUGCCGCUGGUCAACGUGCUCAGCUGCUGCUGCAGACACUGAGUGAAAAUGACACGCACUGUGUCCAGUUCAGCUACUUCCUGUACAGCCGUGACGGCCACAGUCCGGGGGCCUUAAGUGCAUAUGUACGAGUCAACGGCGGUCCACUCGGAAGCCCAGUCUGGAACGCUUCAGGAUCUCAUGGAAAACAGUGGCACCAGGUUGAGCUGGCUGUCAGCACCUUCUGGCCAAACGAAUACCAGGUGCUGAUUGAGGCAACAGUUUCCAGGGAUCGGCGAGGCUAUAUCGCUAUAGACGACAUCAUGGUGCUCAACUAUCCCUGCUAUAAGGCGCCACACUUCUCCAGGCUAGGAGACGAGGAGGUCAAUGCUGGGCAAAAUGCCACUUUCCAGUGCGUGGCUGCUGGAAGGUCAUCUGAGGCUGAGAAGUUCCUGCUGGAGAGACACAAUGGGGACAUUUUAACAAUGGCAUCGGUCAAGCACCUGAGUCAUCGACGCUUUGUGGUAUCCUUCCAGCUAGACAGCGUCCAGAGAACAGACCAGGACCUUUACCGCUGUGUCACUCAGUCCCCCCGAGGGUCUGGAGUCUCAAACUUUGCUGAACUCGUCGUUAAAGUGCCCCCAUCCCCCAUUGCACCGCCACAGCUGCUGCGUGCCGGCUCCACUUACCUGAUCAUCCAGCUCAACACAAACUCCAUCCUGGGGGACGGCCCCAUUAUCAGGAAAGAGAUUGAGUACCGCGCCAGCCAGUCUCCGUGGUCAGAGGUGCAUGGAGUCAACAUGGUCACCUAUAAGCUGUGGCACCUGGAUCCAGACACAGAGUACCACAUCAGUGUGCUGCUGACUCGGCCUGGGGAAGGAGGUACUGGACCCCCUGGACCCCCUCUCGUAAGCAGGACUAAGUGUGCAGAGCCCAUGCGUGCACUGAAGGGCCCCACAGCCACUGAUAUCCAGUCCAGGCAGUUGUCCCUGCAGUGGGAGAAUUUGGCGUUCAAUCUGACACGCUGCCACACCUACUCAGUGUCCCUGUGCUACCGCUACACCACAGCGGGAGGUGGUGGAGGCCACAACACCACCGUGCGAGAGUGCCUGGCAGUGGAACACAAUGCCUCACGCUUCACACUGCGUGAUCUGCCACCCUACCAUGGCAUCCAUGUCCGUCUGUCACUGGCCAACCCCGAGGGGAAGAAAGAGGGCAGAGAGGUCACCUUCCAGACUGAGGAGGACAUUCCUGGAGGCAUCGCACCGGAGUCACUCACCUUCACCCCUCUGGAUGACAUGAUCUUCCUGAAGUGGGAGGAGCCUGUUGAACCCAAUGGCCUUAUUACCCAGUAUGAGAUAAGUUACCAGAGUAUUGAGUCGUCGGAUCCAAGCAUCAACGUCCCAGGUCCCAGAAGGACGGUGUCAAAGCUGAAGAAUGAGACCUACCAUAUGUUUUCCAACCUCCAUCCUGGAACCACUUACCUGAUCUCUGUCCGAGCUCGUACAGGGAAGGGCUUCGGCCAGACUGCCCUGACUGAAAUCACCACUAAUAUCUCAGCUCCCACAUUUGACUACGGAGACAUGCCCUCCCCACUGAGUGAGACAGAGAGCACAAUUACUGUCCUCCUGCGUCCCGCCCAAGGCAGAGGAGCUCCUGUCAGUACUUACCAAGUGGUGGUUGAAGAGGAAACUGGGAAGAAAGUAAAGAGAGAGCUCGGGCAGCAGGAUUGUUUCCCGUUACCAAUGUCCCAUGUUGAGGCCCAGGCCCGGGGCACGCCGCACUACUACACAGCCGAACUACCACCCAGCAGCCUGCCAGAGGCCAGCCCUUUUACUGUGGGGGACAAUCACACUUAUAACGGCUACUGGAACAGCCCUUUGGAUCCCCGCAAAAGCUACCUUGUCUACUUCCAGGCAAUGAGCAACUUCAGAGGGGAAUCCAGAAUAAACUGCAUUCGCAUCGCCCGCAAAGCGGCCUGUAAAGACCACCGUAAGGCUCUGGAGGUCUCCCAACACUCUGAGGAGAUGGGGCUCAUUCUUGGGGUUUGCGCCGGGGGCCUGGUGGUCCUCAUCCUUCUCCUGGGUGCCGUCAUCAUCAUCAUUAAGAAAGGAAGGGACUACUACUCUUACUAUCCGAAACCAGUGAACAUGAAUAAGACGCCUAUUACCUACCGACAGGAGAAGAGCCACAUGGGUUCUAUGGAGCGCAGUUUCACAGACCAGAGCACACUACAAGAGGAUGAAAGAAUGACCCUUUCCUUCAUGGAUGCACACACCUGCGGCACUCGCAGUGAUGCUCGUAGUUCGGUGAACGAGGCGAGCAGUCUGUUGGGAGGCUCCCCGAGGCACCAGUGUGGACGUAAAGGCUCCCCCUACCACACCGGGCAGCUCCACCCCGCCGUCCGUGUGGCUGACCUUCUUCAGCACAUCAACCAGAUGAAAACUGCUGAGGGCUAUGGCUUUAAACAGGAAUAUGAGAGCUUCUUCGAUGGCUGGGACUGCACUAAAAAGAAGGACAAAACCCAAGGCAGGCAUGACACGCUGCUGGGAUAUGACCGGCACAGAGUCAAGCUCCACCCUCUCCUGGGAGACCCCAACUCAGACUACAUUAACGCUAACUACAUUGAUAUUCGGAUUAACAGGGAAGGCUACCAUCGAUCCAACCACUUCAUCGCCACUCAGGGACCGAAGCAAGAGACACUGUAUGAUUUUUGGAGGAUGGUGUGGCAGGAAAAUUGUUUCAGCAUUGUCAUGAUCACUAAGCUGGUGGAAGUUGGCAGGGUGAAAUGCUGUAAAUACUGGCCUGAAGACAGCGAGAUGUAUGGUGACAUCAAAAUCACUCUGCUGAAAACAGAAACACUGGCUGAAUAUACAGUUCGCACUUUCGCCUUGGAAAGGAGAGGAUACUCUACCAAGCAUGAGGUGCGUCAGUUCCACUUCACAUCAUGGCCAGAGCAUGGGGUGCCCUAUCACGCCACUGGACUGUUGGCCUUUAUACGAAGAGUGAAAGCCUCUACGCCUCCUGACGCCGGCCCGGUGGUGGUCCAUUGCAGUGUGGGAGCUGGUCGCACUGGCUGCUACAUCGUGCUGGAUGUCAUGUUGGACAUGGCCGAGUGCGAAGGCGUGGUGGAUAUCUACAACUGUGUCAAAACCCUCUGCUCUCGUCGCAUCAACAUGAUCCAGACAGAGGAGCAGUAUAUCUUUAUCCAUGAUGCCAUUCUGGAGGCCUGUUUGUGCGGAGAGACGGCUAUCCUGGUGAACGAGUUUGCCGUCACUUACAAAGAGAUGCUUCGAGUGGAUUCCCAGAGUAAUUCCUCCCAACUACGAGAGGAGUUUCAGACUCUAAACUCUGUGACGCCCCACUUGGAUGUGGAAGAGUGCAGCAUCGCUCUACUGCCCAGAAACCGAGAAAAGAACCGCAGCAUGGAUGUCCUGCCGCCCGAUCGCGCCCUGGCUUUUCUGGUUACGACCGAAGGGGAGAGCAACAAUUAUAUAAACGCUGCCCUCGCCGACAGCUUCCACCGACAGGCUGCAUUUAUCGUGACCCCUCACCCUCUGCCCGGCACCACGGCGGACUUUUGGAGGCUUGUUUUUGACUACGGCUGCACAGCUGUGGUCAUGCUCAACCAACUCAACCAAUCAAACUCCGCCUGGCCAUGUGUUCAGUACUGGCCAGAGCCCGGUUUACAGCAGUACGGCCCAAUGGAAGUGGAGUUCCUGUCAAUGUCCGCAGAUGAGGAUGUCAUAACUCGCCUAUUUCGGGUCAAGAACGUCACGAGGCUCCAGGAGGGCCAACUGGUGGUGUGUCAGUUCCAGUUCCUGCGCUGGUCAGCGUACCGCGAUGUUCCUGACUCUAAGAAGGCGUUCCUCAACCUGCUGGCUCAAGUGCACAAAUGGCAAAGGGAGUGUGGAGAAGGACGCACUGUUGUCCAUUGCCUUAACGGUGGUGGUCGCAGUGGGAUGUUCUGUGCCUGCAACAUUCUCCUUGAGAUGAUCCAAUAUCAAAACAUGGUAGACAUCUUCUAUGCUGUCAAAACGCUACGCAACUGCAAACCCAACAUGGUGGAGUCCUUGGACCAGUAUCGAUUCUGCUAUGACCUCGUCCUGGAGUACCUGGACUGCUUUGAAGGGAGAUAGCAACUAAAUGUUUACCACAGCGGAGGUAUCCCACACGCUGGAGAUUUGAUUUGAGGCCACCCGGUGACCUCUCUUCUUUAAUGUCUGGACCUGUGGACAUUGAACGAACUGCCGCUGAAGGAAGGGAAGAAAAAAACACGGUUAAGGUUCCGACUUUUAACCUUUAAUGUACAGCUGUGAUUUCCUCCUCGUUGGUGAUGUUUAUCUCUUUUGAUAUUUUUUGUGCUUUUCUUGGUCCUCUUUGCCUCUGGACUAAAAAUCUUUUGUGCUGAAGGUUUCGGUAGCAGCAAAACAAUAUUCAGAGCUACAAAUAAGACCUGUCUAUUCUGAAGAAGGGUCACCUUGGCUGUGUUUUCAUCGUUUCAUUCAAGCAGCAAGGAAGCUGGAUGAAAUUUCAGAGUUACAGCAGUAUUAUCUUUACAUGGAAGCAUUUUCUUCUCUCUAAGAGCUACAUACAACAGCAGUCCACUGUGGUUGUGGCAUGACUUAUCUACCAUACCAUAAACUGCCUUAUUCCCUGAUGAUAGGACAGAUUUAUUCGGUUCCCUGAAUAAAUCAAAAAGGUCUUCAUUUUUAUGUACAACGGGCAAAAGAGAGAGAGAGAGAGACCUUACAGCAUUAGGACAACUGGCCCAGUCUUCAGCUGUUUUGAUGCAGAAACUGUACAGUAGUGCAACGUGUUGUAUUUUGCCAUAAUGUUUGUGCUGGAUUACCAUGUGUGCUAUAGGUGGACAUUUCCAGGAACCACAGCACUGGGCCUGGUGCCGCCACUGGAGAUUCCUGUCUCAUUACUGUCACAGUGCCAAUCCCAAAGGCUGACUUGAAUCCCCUCUUUAAUUUGUCCGACUGCUUCAUCUUGAUAUAUGCCUCCAAACAUACAGUAUGUACUGCAUCAGCUAAAGUUGUUGCUCCAAUGUGAUUGUUUGUGUUUUAUACAUUGUGGGACAGAAGAAGGAGCAGGGAAACUGUUAGAAAAGUACUGACAUGCCACAGAUGUGGUGUGAAAAAUGAUGUCCCAUUAAUGCUGUGGUAAAGUGUCUAAACCAGUACAUCACAGGUUUUAAUCUGUAACUCUUUUACACCUUUGUUGUCUGAAAUCAUUUGGUUUUACUGUAACUUGAGGAAGCAAGCUAAGCCAGUUUGAAGUUUAUCAUUACUUUUUCAGGUUUGAGGUUAAUUUUGACAGUUUUAAGGUUAGUUGUUGUUGCUAGUGGUGUACAAUAAGUAAAGUAAAUAUAUAAAUAUAUAUAUAUACAUAUAUAAAUAAAGAUGGGCAUUAACAUUGUGCAGAGUUAAAGUAAUGCUAUUUUGCAUCAUCACUCAACAUUAAACAUGUUUGUGUUUUCAUGUUGGUACUCAGUUUCAACUGAAAAUGUAGGUGGUAUCUUUAAAAAAAAAGAACUAACAGUUGCCAACUGACCUCACAGAGUUGAUGGAUAAACACAGUAAUGUGUCCUUUGCAUACUGGCCAGUGAUUGUACACCACUAAAAUUACUGAUUUAAUGGAAGCGACUGCAGCAGGUUGACAUGUCUGACACACAAAAUUAACUUUUCUUCGGUUUAGAAUAUGUAAAAGGCCCCAGGAGAGCAGCUUUUCUGUUUAUAUUUGGACACUUCCUUUAAUAACAAAGAAAAUAUCUAUUCUAUGACACACCAUGUUACCCUUUAAAGUAUCUUGUGCUGCACCGUUGUUUCCUGAAACCUGUUUGGGCGCAAAUUUAAAGGAGGUGGUAAAGGUUUCACUCCAGGACCUGCCCUUAUUAACCAGGAGGGACACCUUGAAUCCUGCAGAAGCUAAGAAAUGGCAGCUAGGUGUACUGUGGAAACACAGUCUGGAUCAGAUGGGAUCAGGAGAACAGGAAUAUACGUCAGCUCCCACUGAAAGUGCAGCUUGUUUUUGACGAGGAUGAAGAAUAGCCACAGUGUAGUCAGUGAUCUGAAAAAGAGUCACUGGAGUACAAAAGAAAGUGCCUGGACACUUUUUCUCGACGGUGGAAAGGGAUGUGUACAUACAGAUGUAUAUUAUGUAAUGUGAAUACUAUGUGAAUAAUAUACUAUAUGUUUGCCCAGAGUAAAGUAAGUAAGUAACCACUACAUAACCACAAAGCUGAAUGUGCUGUAAAUGACCUUUUGUGAGUUCUUUGCCAGAACUUUUGACAACAAAGUACAUCUCCCUGAUUUUUCCACCCCUGAGCUCUCCGUAAACCUGGUCUCUCGAAGCAUGUAUUGUCUAUUUUGCAUAUCAUUCAAUACAAUUCCUUUCAAAAA